GGCCCAGGAGUUGCGACGCCGAACCUUAUUGACGCUGCCAUUGCCCAACAUCACCGCAGCCAUGGCGAGCAAGCUGGCACCCUUCCUAAUGCGGACGGCCGUACGGUCGGCGAGCCGGGCGGCGCGGCCACUCGGCCCCCAGUCCCGCGCAUUCUCGCGCUCGGCGAGGAAACAGAGCGACGCCCUCAUGGUGCACCGGAACACAGCCGACAAUAACCCCGACAUCCCCUUCAAGUUCACCGAGCAGAACGAGGCCAUCAUCGCCGAGAUUCUCAAGCGCUACCCUCCGCAGUACAAGAAGGCAGCCGUGAUGCCGCUGCUCGACCUGGGCCAGCGGCAGCACGGCUUUACCAGCAUCAGCGUCAUGAACGAGGUGGCCCGCAUCCUCGAGAUGCCCCCGAUGCGUGUCUACGAGGUGGCGUCCUUCUACACCAUGUACAACCGGACGCCCGUGGGAAAGUUUCACGUCCAACUCUGCACAACGACACCGUGCCAACUCGGCGGCUGCGGCAGCGACGCCAUCGUGAAGGCGAUCAAGGAGCACCUGGGCAUCAAGCAGGGGGAGACGACACCGGACGGCCUCUUCACCUUCAUCGAGGUCGAGUGUCUGGGCGCGUGCGUCAAUGCGCCCAUGGUGCAGAUCAACGACGACUACUACGAGGACCUGACGCCAGAGAGCAUCAAAUCGCUGCUGACGGCGCUCAAGGAGAGCGUGCUGGACGUGAGCAAGGCCGACAAGGUGCCCAAGCCGGGCCCGCUGAGCGGGAGGCACACGUGCGAGAAUAGCGCAGGCAUUACGAGUCUGACCAGCGAGCCGUGGGGGAUUGAGAAGACAAGGGACGAUUUGUAGACUAAUGAUACUAGGGCGAGGGGCUGAUAGACGGGUGUACAAAACAUAGCCAUCUGUGUAUUCUGCAAAUGACCAUGAGCAAGGUUAUAUGUGUAACGGACCGAAUCUUACUUACUCGGAACUAAUUUUCGGAAACUCAAGCAGGUUGCCACAAACUUCA